CACAUCUUCUCCUCAAGGAAAUCAAUCAAACUUCAACUCCACCUGACCGAAUCAAUCAAAAUCUCUCACAACAAACCCUAAACACAUUUCUCUUUAAAUAUUCACCUUCUGCAAAUUCGUCUGCAAUCUGCAAAACCAUUAGGGUUUUUGUUAGCAAAGUGAUUAAGAUGGAAGACCAGCUAAAUUUCAAGGCAACUGAGCUAAGAUUAGGGUUGCCUGGAAGCUCUGAGGAGCCUCAGAACAAACAAGCAGCAGCAUCUCCUCCUAUGACAAAGAAUAACAAGAGGGCCUCGCCGGAUUCAACGGCUGAGGAAUGCAGUACAAAUUCUGAUCACAUAGAUGCCCCUCCCACCAAGACACAAGUAGUAGGGUGGCCCCCAAUCAGAUCUUACAGGAAAAACAGUUUGCAACUGCAAAAAUCCGAUGUGUACGUGAAAGUAAGCGUUGACGGAGCUCCUUAUCUGAGAAAGAUUGAUCUCAAGAUUUACAAUAGCUACGCGGAACUCAUCGAGGCCUUAGAGAAGAUGUUCAACCUAGCCAAUAUUAAUGGACUGGAUUUUGCUCCGACUUAUGAAGACAAAGAUGGUGACUGGAUGCUUGUUGGAGAUGUCCCAUGGAAUAUGUUUGUUUCUUCCUGCAAUAGGCUGAGAAUCAUGAAGGGAUCGGAAGCCAGAGGAUUCACUACUUGUUUCUGAAGGCAUGCAGAAAGAGGGAUGAAUAUAUACACUAUGGAGGCACUUAAAACUCCUUAAAACUACAGGAAAAGACACAGAUAUACAUGUAGCUCAGACAAUACAUUUUCAUUUUUUGUUUGUUUUCGAAAUCGAUAUUUGCUUAAAGAACAAGGUACCGGGACAAGAAACUUAUUCGCUGAGAUCCAAAUUGUAUAUAUAUAUAUAUGUAACGAUAAGAUUACACAAAGUCUAUUAUACGGCAGUUUUGUGUAGAUCCAAAUACAUGUAGCUGUUUCUUCCAUUCAUCUUCAUACUUUUCGUUAAUGGCAAUUUUCAUGAAUUGU